AUGGUCCCUCAGGCACCCAAAGUACCCAAAACUGUCACCCAAAAGGAAAACGCUCGUCGUCUGACUGUUAUUCUUGAAGGUGCUACCCUCGAAACAUUGAAGAUCGGAAAGAACAAAGAGGGUCACUACCAACUACUCAACGUCGAUGAUCACCUUCACAUCCUCAAGAAGGCUGGCAGAGAAACAUACGAAGCCAGACCUGACAUCACUCACCAGUGCUUGUUGACACUCUUGGACAGUCCUCUCAACAAGGCCGGUCUGUUGCAAGUGUUUAUCCACACCCAAAAGAACGUCUUGAUCGAGGUCAACCCUCACAUCAGAAUUCCCAGAACAUUCAAACGUUUUGCUGGUUUGAUGGUCCAAUUGCUACACAAGCUCAGCAUCCGUGCUGUAAAUGGUAACGAAAAGCUGCUCCGUGUAGUCGAGAACCCUGUGACAAAGUACUUGCCAACCAACAGUUACAAGAUCGCUUUGUCUUGGGACGCUCCUACUGUCCGUCUGUCAGAGUACAUGCCAACAAUCCCCGCUGACAAGAACAUCGUUGUGGCUAUUGGUGCCAUGGCUCACGGUACUGAUGACUUUGCAGACUCUUAUGUUGAUGACAAGAUUGGUGUGUCCGAUUACUCUCUCUCUGCUUCCGUAGCCUGCGGAAAGAUUGCAUGCGCAGUAGAAGAAUUGUGGGGUAUUUUGUAA